AUGUCUGCUCGAAGACCGUCGGGAUCGGCUGCCGGUCUUGUCCUGACCUGCCCAGUCCAGUUUCUGUCCAGUCUUGUCAGGACGUCCAGUGUCUGUCUGUCUUCCUGUCUCGUCUUCCUGUCUCGUCUUUCGUUGCGCGUGCGGCGUGCAGCUUGCGGCUUGCCUGUGCAAAUGCGGGGAAAAAAGAAACGACAGUUCGAGGCGAAUGAGAAGCGGAGAGAGAGAGAAGGGGGGAAAGGAUGA